AUGCUCGCAGCGGAUUCAUCAAGAGAUAAAGAAACGGAAAGUGUCAAUGGUGUCAGCGACCCAACAUCCACCGCGGCCGUCAUUGUAACGCCAGAGAAAUUCCGCAUCGUCUCCCACACCAAAGAGGAAUGUGUGCUGCAAGUCAGUAACGUCUCCUUUGAAACGGUGUUGUUUCGACUUCUCACAACUUGUCCAGAGCGAUAUCUCGUGAAGCCGACGAAGGGCGUUAUUAAACCAAACGCCAGCAUUACCGCCACAAUUGUGUUGAAUCCCGCCGCCGUGAAUGAAGGCGACGCGGAUGUCAAACAUGAUGAUUUCCGUUUGGAGUAUUGUGUGAUGCGACCAAAUGAUGUGAUUGGCCCCCGCUGCACAAAUGUGCCGACGAUUAUUAAAUCCCGCAAAGAAGAGGACCGACGGCUGGUGCAUAAAAAACUACUCCGCUGUAUUCUCCAACUCUCCCCAGACGCCGCGGAGAAAAGAGGCGGAACGACGCGAUCCACCACCGGCGAGCGGAGAAGAGAGGCGGAGGAGUAUAGAGACAGCAGAGGCAGUGCGGGUGGAUCGCUUUCUCCCGCCAACACAAUGCCGGACUCCACUUAUUUAACCGGCGGCUCUUCUCCUUCUCCUUCAGCCGCUGCUGCUGGAGCUGCGGUAAGUGGAUCCACAAAGACAGAUCUCAGGGAAUUGGAGCAGAAUACAUUGGCGGCGAAGAAUAAACGUCAAAUGGCACAGCAGCAACAUCAGAAGAUGAAAAUGAAAACAGGAGUGUUUGUGGUAUCUGCCCUUGUGGCAUUAUUCGCUGUGUAUAUAAUGUAUGGAUUGAUGUGA